AUGAAUCGUUUUAGUGAUAUUGAUUAUUCAUUUACAGAACUUCCAGCUGUUUAUGGUUAUCAGAGUGCAAAACUUGUUUCACUUGAAGAAUCUUUAAAAUCAAUUCAAUUACAAAUUGAUCAAAUCGAUUUUUAUAUUCAAAAAGCAAAAAAACAUUGUCGUUUUCCAUCGGAACAUGGUUUAACAAAAGAUGAAUCUGCUUCAAUUUAUAUUUAUACAAUGGAAUGGAGUCCAACAAGUUUAUAUCGAAUUCUAAAUCAAACCUUACGGGAUGAAAAUCGAGAUAGUUUGAAAAUUUGGUUUUCUUAUUUGAAAUUAUUUCAAACUGCGUUAGAAAAAUUACCGAAAUAG